GAAACCGUAGCAAAAGGUUGCGCACCAGUUUGAGCUUGAACGUGCCCUUGGUCUACUUGGAACAUUCUUCUGGCUUCAGGAAGUAGCCUACAUUUAAAUGUUAAUUGCACAACGAAACCUUGAAAAAGUGGCGAUUCCAUGACUUUUUUUAAAAAAGGAGAAGGCAAAAGGUUAAGAGAGAGGCCAAAUUCAUCAAGUUAAUAUCAGAUGUAAACAAAGAAUUGGGGAAGACAUGGCUCCCAUCGCUUCUGAUUUAACAGAGGAGAAGAGAAAGCAACUCUGUGCCUUGCUGGGGAAUGUGGAACUGACUCUUCUCUACAAAGCUUCAGUCCAUGGAUAUAAUGCUUCUGCCUUCCACCAGCGAUGUGACCAUCAGGGCCCCACUUUACUUGUAGCCUACAACAGUUUAGGCUACAUCUUUGGUGGAUACACUAGUGUAGAAUAUGCUCAAAGUGGCCAGCAAAUUACAGAUAAUGAAGCUUUUCUGUUCAGUGUUCAAGGUGAAACCCCUGUUCACUUUAAAGUUAACAAAUUAAAUGCACGUCUUGAUGAUGCUGGAGGACCUAACUUUUCCCAACAGUUGUACUUUUGCUACAAUGACCAACCAGUUGUACAUUACAAGUCAGUGAAUUGGGUUCAGCAUUUCAAUACUGAAAAGUUGUAUGGGAAUAACACUGAGCUGACUGAAUGUGAGGUGUACAAAGUCAAUCAGAGCCUUCAGAUCAGUUUCAAAGAGAAGCCAUGGAGAAAUAUUCUUUGGACAGCCAAACAAAAAGAAGAGCUCAUGGGAUUGAUCAGGAAUCAUAAACCCAUUAUGGCAUCUGUGAGUCGGGUCAGAAUCCUAAUGAUUGGUCCUAUAGGUGCUGGAAAAUCCAGUUUCUUCAACUCCAUCAACUCCAUCUUCAUGGGUCAUGUGACCAACAAAGCAAUGUCAGGAUCUGCAGGCACUAGUGUCACCACAAAGUUUCGCACAUAUCCAGUGAAAGAUGGUCAUGAGAGAAAGCCAUUGCCAUUUGUGUUGUGUGACACCAUGGGACUUGAGGAGCAAUCAGGUGCAGGGCUGGAUAUUGAGGACAUCAGCAGCAUUGUUCAAGGUCAAGUACCAGACCGCUAUAAAUUCAACCCCAAAGCUCCAUUUCAACCGGAUAAGACCUCCAGACCUGAAUCUUUACAGGAGAAGAUCCACUGUGUGGUGUACGUAAUAGACGCCACAAAAAUCUCCCUCAUGUCCGACAAAUUAGAGGAAAAACUCAGUUCUGUACGUAGUCAAUUGAACUCACUGGAGAUUCCUCAGAUGGUCUUGAUGACAAAAGUAGAUGAAACAUGCCCUCAUGUACAGAAUGACCUUGAAAAUAUUUAUGCAAGUUCCUAUAUCAAGAUGAAGGUGCAGGAGGUGAGCUCUCGGUUGGGUGUUCCGGUGUCUUUUGUGUUGCCGGUGAAGAACUACAGCCAGGAGCUGGAGCUGGAGCUUAAAUGUGAUAUUCUGCUUCUCUCCGCUAUACAGCAGAUGCUUCGUUUUGCAGACGACUAUCUGGAUGAUGUGGUUGAUUCCAUUUAGGCCAUACAAAGUGCUGCAUAUAGGGGUUUAUACCUCUUGAUCAGAACAAGGAUUCAUCUUAAGUCAGAAGAUUAUUCUCUUCUGUUUGUCCAUUCUAGAUCCUUCAUAAUCAUACACAAUAUUCAUUUAAGAAAAUUAUGGCAAAUGCAAACAAAGUUCAUAUAUCACUUAAGCUGCACAUUACAUUAAAAUCAUUGUUGCUUUUGUAGGUGCAAUAUUGCUGUGCCAUGACCAGGUUUGUAGAAUAAUACUAGAAUGAUGUGUUAGGACUACAAUUCAAGAUGCUAAAAUCUGUGUAAGCCUAAUAAAAAAGUGCUUUUUUUGAUAAUCUUAAACUCGUUUUUGAUUCUGUGCUUUAGGCUUGAAGAUUUCUUUCAGGACUGUACAAGAUUAAAAUAAACAACGAUUAAUUAUACACAUAGGGCCUACAACUAAACAAUUACUUUUAUUCAUAUAUAGAAAAUAUACUUAUUUAAUAAAGGCCCUUGACAGAGUUUUUUCACCUGAACAACAGACCAAUAUUAUCUGUUUUCUGGUUAUUUAAAUCAGAGAAAGUGGCAUAAGUUCAUAAGGCUGGUUGGAAUUUAAAGCGUGAUUUAAGCAUCUUUUUUUUUUUUUCACAUUUCUUAUGUAACCCAUGGAGGGAGAGGCUUCAGUUUCUGAGGCAGGUUGUGAAAAAUCCUACAAUAAAAGAGACAAAAGAAUAAGGGCCAGUAACAAAAAAUUCAAAUGUGUGCCAUAAAGAAUAUAUCAGUGUAUUGUUACGUUUCACGUAUCUUUUGUAUUAUGUUUUUAUUUAUUUUUUUAUUUUUAUUUUCUUGCUUUCGAGUUAUUUUAGGUUGAUCUUAUUGGACCGGAGAACCAUCAAUCAUCUUGGGAUGUCAUGACGUUUUGACGUCAUGACCAGCGUUCUGCCAAUCUGCGGGGUUGCUGACGAUUUAAAAGGCUGUGGCGGCGUUCAACCUGCAGUGAGCGUUUGGACUUCGGACUUCAUUUACCUUUGUUGUGCCAGCCAGCGUGUCUUUGAACUGUUCGUUUAGUUUGUGGUUUAUUGAGACAACAUUCCUAUGAGUUGUUUGAUGCACUCGUGUAAUAGUUAACCUGAUGGAGUAAGAGCGUGUUACAAUUUUUACAUGUUCAUUGUAUGUGCGCAUUCGUAUGCUGGUGUGAACGUCGUUAUCAUUGCCCACCUCGCAGAACGCUGUUAACCACUUAAUUCGGUCUUGAUUGGCAAAUAAUGAUUCUUUUGUUAUAUACAGCCCUACCCAGUGUUAAUCUCAACUUCACUGACAAUUGUUAAUUACGACGUGCCUGACGGCUCGAACUGGUAACUAGUACGCUAUGUUAGAUAGUGUGUGGGUGCUCGCCUCCAUUGUAUUUUUGUUUAUUUAUGUAGCAUAGUUUAGUUAAGGCGUCGCACACGCCGAAGCUUUCGGUGUUAUUUCUACAUUUUAUUUUUGGUAGUCAGUUUAGGGGCUUGGGCGUUAUUUAAUGGGUUUUGUUUUGAUUAUUUCUUUUGUUUGGCGACACCCUCGUUUUUUUUUUUUUCCUUUUAUUGAAUUUCAUGUUUCUCUUGUGUUGUCUAAAUUCUCCCCGUGUCAAUAAACAAAGGUUUUUUGUUUUUUUUUCUGCAACCCUUGUUGUCUGAUCAGUUCUCCUUCACACUGCAACAGCUGCAUCUCACCUAAAUGUUGCGUUCAUUCCAUUUAAUAUCUUUAAGCACGUAACAGUAUCUUCAACUCUGUCAGAGCAAACAGUAAGUGUCUCUUCAUUAUUUGCUUCAACCAAUAAAGACACGCUCAUGUAAAGGAUUAACUACUUUAAGGCAGGUUAUGUUCAACCACUGUGCUGCAUACAUUUGUGUGGAGACUGUACAGGUGCUGGUCAUAAUUAGAAUAUCAUCAAAAAGUUGAUUUAUUUCACUAAUU